AUGGGGCUGAUGGCGGACUCCAACCACACUCGUCUGCCCGAUACUGGUCAAGUGGCCAAAAAUGCUGUUACUAACAUCAUCAGCACCGAUACAACAGUCACAGCAAAAACAACCUUAGCUGUUAUAAAUAUAACGCUGCAGGAAGGAUGCACCAGUCAGACCUCUGGAGGAUGUUUUGAUAAUCUUUUUGCACAGAUCGAGAAUAUUACAGCUCAAGUGCUUCCUUUAGAUACUGUGACCAACAUUUUGUCUAUGGCCUUCAACACAUCAGAGAACAUUUUAGAGACAUCAUCAUCAUUAUCAUCAUCAUCAUCAUCAUCAUCAUCAUCAUCAGCCAACCAAGUUAAACUUGCCUCCUAUGGAAACCGUAUGUUAAAAACCAGUGAGAAACUCAUUUCUACAUUGGUGAAGCCGACAGAAACAAGUGACAAUGUCAACUUUACUCUUCCCACUGUAGAGGGUCAAGUCUUUAUGGUUGGACCUCUGGUCACCUUAGAGAAAAUCCCUCGACUUGAAACGACAAAUUCUUCUUUGGACAUCGAUCUCAUAGGAAUCGCCAAGAACAACAAUGAAACAAAAUCAGCUGCUGUGGCUUUCAUGAGCUACAACACGAUGGAGAAUCUACUGAAGCCAGGCUUCUUCAACGCAUCCAAUGACAUGAUUAAAACCAUGAUGUCCACUGUGAUCUCAGCUACUCUUCCCAAAACCACCAACACUAAACUAACUAAACCAGUCAACUUCACCCUCAAACACAUCAGAGAGUUUGAUCCCAACGGUUCUCUGUCCUGUGUGUACUGGAAUAUCAGCGAGUGGAUUGUAGAUGGUUGUUCUGUUUUAAAAACCACCAGCAGCUACACUGUGUGUUCCUGUGAUCAUCUGUCCACAUUCGCUCUCUCAUCAUGCAAACCAAGCGACUCACUGAUGGAGCUGUUAAAUUUGGUGUGUGUGAUCGUGGGGCUGGUGUUCUUCAGUUUGGCACUGUUGAGCUUUGCCCUUUGUCAGUGGAGUCCUGGAGUGAAUAAUGUGGCUCGAAUCAACAUCUGCAUCAGUCUUCUGUUGGCUCACCUUCUGUUUCUGCUCACACAGCAGUUCCAGAGCCUCAUACAGCAUAAGAAGGUGAGAAUGAUGAAGGAGCCCAACAUCUCAGCACAGCCUCACUGA